UUUCAGACUAAUGUAUAUAAAAUGGGUGGUCGGGUGCCUUUUAAUAACGUGUUUCGUGCAACUAGAAGCUUCUCCAGGAGAUAGAAGUAUUUGGUAUCAAGAAUGUACACAAGUGUGCAUAUCAAAAUACAAUUGCUCCACAAAAUUCGGGACAUUAGAUUGGGCUCGCGGAGAUUGUUUUUGGUGCCGAUAUGACUGUAUGUGGGAUACAAUUGGACAUUUUGAUAGUAACUUCGGUGUUGUUCCACAAUUCCAUGGAAAAUGGCCGUUUUUAGCAAUUCCUCUUCCAUUUGGAUUCAUUAUUCAAGAACCUGCAUCAAUGAUAUUCUCUCUUCUCAAUCUCUUCACUGUAUACAAAAUGCUUCGUCGAUUCAAGAAAAUGCAGAAUCUUCCGAAUCGAACAAUGUGGCUUGUAUAUGCACAUGUUGGAAUGUUCACCUGGAUUUCUUCAUCACUUUUUCACAUGUUUGAUUGUGAUUUCACUGAGAAAAUGGACUAUUUUGGAGCAUAUUCAUUUGUUUUAUUCGCUCUCUACGUCUCGGUGAUAUUCACAAAACAACUACAAUUUUUGGGAAGAGGUGGACCGAAAUAUAUACAAAUUCUGUUUGCUCUCGUGUAUCUAAAUCAUUUUAUGAAAAUGAUGCAAAACUUCGAUUAUGGAUACAAUAUGACUUGCUGCAUUGUAUUCUCACUAAUAACUACAUGCCUCUACGUUCACCAUCUAUAUUACAGAAAACGAAAUCUCGGAUCCUUGCAAGAGUCGGACAUUGUACUAAUUCGUCUCAUAAUUUGGGCGAAUCUGUCAACUGCUUUGGAAAUUCUGGAUUUUACUCCGGUUUUCUGGAUUUUCGAUUCGCAUUCACUCUUCCAUCUCGCCACAAUUCCAAUCCCAAUCUGGUGGUCUGACUUCCUAGCUCUCUAUUACGAUCUAGAUGUUGCUUCAGGAAAGAGAUCAGUCCUGAAAAUGGCAUAAGCCUACAUUAAUAACUAAUACUAUUAAUAUCUGUUUUUUCUACUUGUAUACCUUUUUAUCUCAUUGUUUUAUGCUUCUUCUUGUACGAUCUAUCAUGUGAUUUCCCUUAAAGGGCAUUAUGCAAUCAAUUCUCCUUUGCUGGUUUUUUCUGUGCAAUUUCUGUUCCAUUUUUCUGUAGGAAUGAAUUUUUUAUGUACAA